UGGGUACUGAAGCAGCUGAAAUGAGAAAAAGACAGCAGUCACAGAAUGAAGGGACACCUGUUGUGUCUCAAGCGCCUGGAAACCAGAGGCCCAACAACACAUGCUGCUUUUGCUGGUGCUGUUGCUGCAGCUGCUCCUGCCUCACUGUUAGGAAUGAAGAAAGAGGAGAAAGUGCUGGAAGGCCCACACACACCACAAAAAUGGAGAGCAUCCAGAUCCUAGAGGAAAGCCAAAACCCUACUUCAGAUGAAGUCUUGUCCUGGUCUCAAAAUUUUGAUAAGAUGAUGAAGGCCCCGGCAGGAAGAAACCUUUUCAGAGAGUUUCUCCGAACAGAGUACAGCGAAGAGAACCUACUUUUCUGGCUAGCCUGUGAAGACUUGAAGAAAGAGCAGAACAAAAAAGUAAUUGAAGAAAAGGCCAGAAUGAUAUAUGAAGAUUACAUUUCUAUACUAUCACCAAAAGAGGUCAGUCUCGAUUCUCGAGUUAGAGAGGUGAUCAAUAGAAAUCUGUUGGAUCCUAAUCCUCACAUGUAUGAAGAUGCCCAACUUCAGAUAUAUACCUUAAUGCACAGAGAUUCUUUUCCAAGGUUUUUGAACUCUCAAAUUUAUAAGUCAUUUGUUGAAAGUACUGCCAGUUCUACUUCUGAAUCUUAAUUUUCCUUAAAAAAAUCAUUUUGGAGGGCUGGGAUGGGAAAUAAAAGCAGCUCAGUAACACCAGAGGCUGAGUUCUUGGAGAACCACCGUUUAGCAUUCCUCAGGCUACUGUGAAAAUACAACCAUAUGGUCUUUGUCUCCAUUUUUAUCAAGGUUAUCCAUGGUUGAGUUUGGAGAAAAUACCACAUAAAACAAUGAAUUGCCAAAUUAAGUUUGUUUUAUUCAACAUUCAUUCUACUUGCAAGCAAACUGUAUUUGUAAUCCUCGUGUAACCCCCCGAGGCUGCAUGUACAAAGUAAAACUGCUUCAUUGGCCACGUAGCUGUUGUAAUAUUUAAUCCAAUGGCAUAACUUAUAUCUGUGUUUAAGGACUUUUGUGCAAUAUGGUCUUAUAGAAAUAAUUGCCAAAAAAAUUGGCUGUGGUUUGCAUUUUUAAAUAUAAUCUAAGACAGAAAAAGCCAAUUUUUUUAGUUGUAACAAUGGUAUUCAACAUGCUCUAUACUGUGUUCAGUACACUUAUUUUGAAGCCGAUAUUUCUGUACAUGGAAAAAGAGCUAUUUAUCUCUGUUUGGUGGGAAAUCCUGAUGGGGGAUUCCCCUGGUUGUUCACUGCCAGAACUGUGGCAUUUUCUUUACAGAAUAGUUUGCUAUGUAAAAAAAACAAAACAAAACAAAACAAAACAAAAAAUUAAAAACCCAACAAACAACAAGUAAGAAGAAGAAAAGAGAAAAAAAGCACAAAACAAUUUGAGGAUAUUCUAUCUUAAUGAUAAAACAAAGAGUGAUCAUUGUUUUUAAUUGUAAUAGAAGACAGUUAAUCUAUGUAUAUAUCAGCUGUCCAAUACUGUAAUUAAUUUAUUAAAGACUGGCUCUCCAGUUCUAAAAUGGUUGUGUAAAGUAUGUACUUCAGCAAGAAAAAAAAUACUAAGCUCAAUAACUUAGUUUUGGAAUAUAAAAAAGAAAAAGAUUUAAUAAAGGAAUGCCUACAUGUAGCAUCAUAAAACAUUUUGGUGAAGUAGCAUCUGUCCUAUGGCAUAUUUUCCUUGAAAGCGAAGUCCAAUGAAAAGCUAAGUUUUUAACUGAGAAAAGUUUUAAAAGGGUUACGAAGAAGAUAAUUCACUACUUCAGACCUUAACUGUUUUCAUAGUAUCUUCAGAAUGACUUAUUUUAAAAAUGUUAAAACCAAACUAUUAAUACUCAUCCAUAAUUGAAAGGCAGUACAGUGCUCAAAUCUUCUAGCUGCCAUGUUAUUUUUUAUAAGUACCACUAAAUCUUUAAGACAAAAUACUUGCCUGACAUUGGCAUAUACUUUUGACAUUGAAGAAAACAGUAUUCUACCAUGCACAUACACAGAGAAGUCACUGUCACAUUUAUAUCAAGGUGUUACAUUUGAAUAUUAAUAUCCCCUGGAGGCUAUUUUUUUAAUCUUAAACUUAAUAAAUAUAA